AUGUCAGGCGGCCUGGUGAAGAGCUGCCGAGAUCAGUCGAAGAUGGCGGCCAAGAUCGGUGGAGACAGGAGCUUGCUCCGUCAAGACCGAAGCCUCAAGAGGUCGGAGGGAGGACUUCCACGCUUUGCCUUUCUUCUCAGCUUGGGUGCUCUGUUUGCCACGGACAAUCAAGUUCGGAGGGCCCUUGCUGAGGCCUGUGGCGAGCUGGAGGCGCUCGAGCACGAGCCGCUGGGCGAUCGCUGCGCUGCGUCGAGGGAAGCAACGACGUGGUCUCCGUCUCCCCGGUCCGAAGAGAGUCGUUCGAUACGGCAUGGCUGGGAUGGACGAGGCAGCUGUGGACCUCCUGGGGCUUCUUUCGCACGGUGA